AUGGAACCAACGAAAGGCGCGACUCUCGAUGAUGACUGCCACAAUGCUAUUCGAAAAUUCUUUGAAGAACUUUCGACCGACGAAAUUGCUCUGUUUGAGGCUACGACCAAAUCGCAGCAGUUGAUCGAUGAUCUCCAAGAUGUCGACAAUAAACAUAAGUCGGAGAUUUCGCGGAAGAUCGCCCCCAAGCUUAAAACUUUCGUUGCGGGCGUUGAACAAUUCGGUGGCGCCUUGGACGUUAUCGCAGGCUCUGUGUCGCUGAUGAGUCCGAUUUGGGGUUCUGUGCGUGUUGUUCUCCAGGUCGCGGGCGAAUAUAGCGAAUACUUCGACAAGAUCUCGGACAUGUUCGAGGAAAUUGGCUACAUUCUUUCCUGUCUACGUCGUUAUCCGCGCCUUUACCCCGACAAUGAGAUUCUUCGCAAUUCCAUGGUAGAGAUAUUCCAUUUGAUCUUUCAGUUUUGUUCCAGAGCUCGAGAUGUCUUCCACCAGGGGAAGAAAUACCAGCGAGGCAUCAGGGCGCUGAACCCGGUCGGCCUACAUGCAGCGUGGAAACUCCUCUGGAAGCCGUUCAAAAUCCAAUUUGGCGAUAUCGUCGAUAAGAUUAGAUCCUCCAUGGUCGAAAUUGAUCAUGAAGUCGAUCUUGCCGAGAAGGAACUUGCGAGCAAGGAGAGAGUCAAGGCCGAAGAUGAGCGAAAGCUGCAAACAUCUCGCUGGGACGCAUCGGAGUCCCAUCAAAAGUCUGUCGCCCAGUUCAUCGACCAGCAGCGAAUUGAAGCAGUGAACCAGUGGCUCUCACCCGUCAACGCGGCUUCUAAUCACAAUUCAGCCACAAAGUUGCGGCACCAAGGUACCGGUAACUGGUUCUUGGAUGGUGCGAAAUUUCAGGAAUGGGUCUCGUCUGAGAAUGCUUUCUUGUGGCUACAUGCGAUACCCGGUGCAGGAAAAACAAUUCUUGCGUCGACUGUCAUCGAAUGGUUGCGGGAGUAUAAGCAGAGCAAUUCCAUCGCACUAGCCUAUUUCUAUUGCGACUAUAAGGACCAACAGAAACAAUCGCCAACCCGGAUCAUCAGCACUCUAUUGUCGAUGCUUGCAUCACGAAAUGACGCUGUCUUUGACAGGAUCCGAACAUUCUUCGAACAACGAUACAAAGAAAAUCCGGCGUAUAGUCCGGAGUUUGAUGAGCUCUUAAACAAUUUCAGUCACUUCAUGGCUGAUAGUUUCGAGGAGAUAUACAUCGUUAUUGAUGCCCUGGAUGAAAGUGAAGAUAGAGAAUGUCUAGCAUAUGCCCUGAAAAGGAUAUCCGAGACUUCCCAAUGCUCGAAGAUCUUCGUCACCAGUCGCCAUGAGAUUGACAUUGCCCGCACAUACGAGGGUUUAUGCGUCGCGACUAUCGAAGCGAAAGACGUUGCUGAUGAUAUUGAUUCAUACGUGAAGGCCGAGCUAGCAGCUAAGAUCAAAGCCCGGAAGCUGAAACUACGCGAUCCUAAUUUGGCGGGGGUCAUCUGUGAUACUUUGAUUGAAGGAGCCCAUGGUAUGUUUCAAUGGGUAAAAUGCCAGAUGGAUCAGUUAUGCAAAUUGCGAAACGACAAAGCGGUGCGAAAUGCCUUGAGCGACCUCCCGAAGACCUUGCAUGACACGUACAUCCGUAUUCUCCAGAAGUUGGAAACCGAACAUGCCGAAGAUGUGGAGAUCGUGCAACGGCUGCUGAAAUGGUUGGUUAGAGGUGUUCGAAACCUCACUCUGGCCGAGCUGGCGGAGUGUGUGAGCAUUGAUUUAAGCAAUUCGGAGCAAUCGUUUGAUUUCGAUGCGGUUUUCACGGACGCUGAAGAUGUGGUCGAGCUUUGUGGAAGCCUGGUCACGCUCUCGUCUGAUGGACAUGUCGCUUUGGCACAUUAUACAGUCAAAGAGUUCCUCGUAUCGGAAUUUAUCAAAUCAUCGAUGCCUCAGUUCUGGGUUGGGAAUGGUGAUAUCCAUGCUGAACUAGCCAGUAUUUGUCUGACUUAUUUGACAUACGAUGACUUUGCGGGAACUGAGACAAAGUCUGGAGAAGAUUUGUUGCAUGAAUUCGACGAAUACAAGUUCCUCCCAUAUGCUGUUCAAGCAUGGGGUACACAUGCUCACUUGAGCGGGAGUUUGGAACAAAUUUCCGAAGGAGCUUCUGACGAACUUUUUGACCUGGUCAUGCGAUUGCUUGAAUCGAAUGCUACUGUUGGCGGCAAUUACGACACAUGGUAUCGCAUGUUCUUCUAUCUACGAAAGAUCACAGGCGAACGAUUCAAAUCUUCCAGUGAUUCUCCUCUCUACUUUGCAAGUUUGUUCGGUUUGCCAAGGGUGGUCUCGGCUUUGCUCAGUGAGGAUCCAAACAGUGAAACGGAUGAGCCAUUAAAAGCGAGUGCGGGUGCCGGGCAUGACUCCGUCAUCAAGGUCUUUUUGGAUUUAUGUGAAUCGGUAGGCCCAAAGACUCUCGAACGAUGUCUCUACCUCGGCGCGAGUCAGGGGCAUGAGAGGGUGGUAAGCACUCUACUAGAGAUAGGAACAAACGCGAAUACUCGAUCCGGGAGAAAUGGCACCCCUCUCCAAGUCGCUACUCUCGAUGGCCGUCAUCGGGUAGUUUCCCUUCUCCUUGCUCAUGGUGCGGACUUCAACAUUUCCUGUCAGCGAUAUGGCGUUCCUCUUGCCGCUGCUGGUGAAAAGGGACAUAUUCAGACAUUCCAAGUUCUUCUGGACCACGGUGCGAACGUGAACGGCCGUGGAGGGUGGUAUGCAUAUCCUCUGGUGUCCGCAAUUGUUGGCAAAAACAUGAACAUUGUGGAAAUGCUUAUUAAGAAGGGAGCGAAUGUCAAUGCCCUUGGGGGUCGACACGGAUGUGCAUUGAUGGCAGCUUCCUCUAUGGGCCUCCUUGACCUGAUGCGCUUUCUAAUCUCGCAUGGAGCUAGGGUCAACGACGAGAAUGAUAAGGGAACCGACAGUCUAUAUGCUGCGUGCAUGGCUGGAAAUAUGGAUUCCGUAAAGGUUCUCCUUGAAUUUGGGGCUGAUGUUAAUGCAAAGGGGGGAAACAUCGCAAUGCAUUAA